AAACCGCGGUAUAGUCUCAUCCUAGGCGUUCACCUAUUUGCGAGCUGGAAAAAGGGAGUGUCACUACCUUCGAUAAAGCUAAUCUUCGAGAUGCUUUCCUACGUCAAAGCCGUCCUUUUUGCUAUCGCUAUUAGCUUUGAAAUGUCCUCCAUAGCUCAAGCGACACUUUACGCUAACUGCAGCUUUGUGGGGUUAAAAACAUUACAGAAAAGUGAAAACAAGUCUUCGUUAAUAACAUUAACGUCUGAGCUUCCUUCGUCAAGAAAACUAGGCUGCACCGUAAAGGCAGACAACGCAAACAGUAUUUUAUAUUUGAGAGGUAAAAGAAACAACGAUUCGAAAGAAGGUGAGUUAAAUGCGGACCCUCGGAAUAGAAAGCUAUCACUAGAGGGGUAGGUUGGUUAUUCACGAUGGUGUAGUUACUAUUUCGCGCAUUGCAGUAUUCAGUGAAGGUUUCCAUCUUCAGUUUGUUUUGCUUACAAGGCCUUGCAAUGCAACCCGUUUACUUUCAACCUAGGGUCUUGACAAGAUGUCUUCAAGACUUUGCCCGUUUUGGUUUUCUUGAACUCAUAUUUUGUCAAAUAAAUAGCCCAGAACGUGCAAUCUAUAGGCUCUUCGAUAUCGCGAAUAAUACGAAAUGCGACACAGACUAAAUUUACUGAAAACCUCUUCAUCCGCCAGAGCCGUAUGACUGAAGGGCUGAAAACCCAGUAAACUGUUUUGAAUUAUAUUUUGAACUUACUCUAACACUUUACUAGUGCAAGAGAAUUAUUUGCCUUGAGGGAGCCAGACAUCAAUAGGUAUUGUUUAUUGAAAUGAAGUGCCAUCAUGGUUAUGAGAACACCGAUAGAGUUUUCUCAUUUUUAUGGUUUUGUAUUCAUCGGCCUUGAUCGGAUGACCGGGCACCGACAUAUAACUACCGAUUGCAUUGCAGCUAUGCUGGACUAACAAACUCUCCCACGUAAAUUACAGAGGCGAAGGAGCGUUUUGAAACGUGCGUGGGGGAGCUCAUCUUUCACUCAGUCAUGCGCAUUAACUCCUACUCAGAUUUUCAAAAAUGCCUUUAGCGUUGUUCGUUGUCCCAUCAAACCUCCCUGUAAACUUCAUAGUGUCUAGUGUGCCGGAAUCGAUUUUUUUCAGGCUGUCCUGCUUCGUGUAGUUCUUGAGUUGUCUUAGGGCAGAAAAUGUGCGCUCUGAAGUCACCGAUGCCAUAGAUAUUGCGAGGGCUUGUAUGAUCCGGAUGUAAACCCAGACUGGUUAGGAAAGCCGGCAAACAUCAAAGUUGAAAACAACGGUGGUGUAGUUUAUUUUGGAAGCUCCCUGACCGUGCACAACCUUUUGUUUUCUUUGUCAUUCACAAAUUGUGACUGAAUAAAUUAAUGCUAGCAGUGAUUUUAUUGGUCAGUAACUUCAAAAUGAUAGGAAUGCUAUUGAACGUUGCGCGCGGUCAGGUCCAAAAAAUCUAACAACAUAUAACAAAGGGUUUCCCAACCAAUCCACUUAAUUAACUAUGCUCAGACAUUAUAAUUUUAGCUAAAGCUAAUAAUAAUAUAUUUGCAUACAUAAUUACAUACAUAUUGCUGGUUUUCAAAGUCACGCCAUUCAAAAUAGAUCAAAAUAAAAAUCACAACCGUUCAAUCCGCGUUCAAUAGAUAAAGUCCAGAAUCUGGUAAAUGAAAGGAGGUACAUAUAUAAACACCCUCGCUCAGAUUAAGGUCAGAGGAAUAUUUCGUAUACGAGAUAUCCGAAGAAAUGUCUUACCCAAACUUAUACUGAGAUUUGUAUGGAGACACCAUGCUGGUCGGCUCACCUGGAUGAGCUCCAAUGGGCGGACGGAAACCAACAGAAACAUCUGUUACCGAGUUUUGCUACAGAAGCGUGAAUUUAUUCUUCGAGAAACUCAUAAAGAUUAAAGUAAUACUUUUUCUAAUACAUGUACUGUUAGAUAGCAAAAUUUCCUGAAAUAAGUCGUUUUUUUAACCUACAUGACCGUCCGCUCUCUUGGCCGUCAUGUAAGUGCCGCGUCACGCAAAAGCCUAGAAAUUCAAGCGUACUCUAUCACAACACCAAGAACCCUUUUGAAGCGAAAAUUUGUAUGAAAAAUAUAGUUUUCAGCUGUUCUAAUGCAUCGUGAAAGGAAAAUCUCGGUAGGAUCGAUAGUUUUUUAGUUUGGAUCUUAGUGACGUCAUGUGAAAACCAACAAUAAAACGUGAUACAUAUUUGAAAGGCCUUGUGUUAACUUGUAGUCUUGAAUAGUUAGGAAUUAUAUUUUCUCCGAUUUUCUCGAGCUUCUACAAGAGCAUCCAAUACCUUCAAUUCAGUUUUUGUAUGAUGGAUUGCUGUUCCUGUUUGACAGGUUUUCUUCGCCUAUCAGUCUAUGGCAAAGGCAACACCUUUGAGGGUCAACUGGACCUUUCAGAAUCUUCAAUUCACGACCAGUGGGGAAGUCUGUCGUUCUGUCCUUCUAAUUCAGGAGAUGACCCGAUGGAAAAACACCUCACGCUUUCAGGAACACCCGGAAUGGGUUUCACAGUAGAAGCAUCUCAAGACAAUGGAAUAGGCCUCGAUGACCCUAAAGAGUUUGAAAUAAAUAAACGGAAUACUGUAAAUGUCUUUCAGUUUAUCCCUCCUAAAGACAUCUCAAAGACGCAGCUUGAUAUAACGGUUACUUCCGACUCGGAUGUCCCAUCUUACUUGAAAGUUUCACAAAACUGUCAGGACGUUAAGGACAACAUAAGACUUGUGGAUUAUAAGGGCAAGUCUAUUCGUCUUACUUUUGCGAGGAAAGGACGUAUCACUUUAUCCAAGGCAUCUAUUCCUCCUCUGGCCGACUCAGCAAGCUGGUACAUUGGUAUUGCCCUAAAUAACGCUGCAGGUACAACGCCAUUGAAUGCAAAUAAAAGUGGAACAUUAACUUUGAAAAAAUCGUUUAGCUACUCGUAUGCGGGGCCCAUGUCAUUCAUAUGCUUGGUACCCUUUUUCGGUGGGGGCAUUGCAGUUGUCUGGGCUUUGAUUUGUUUCAAAGAACCUCAUGUUCAUCCAUUUCAAUCUUCUAACAGUCCAAUAACAGUAACUUGGGGCGAAGUCUGCACAGCCAUGAAGGACGUCAUCAUGAACCACUGGUUUGCAGGAGGGCCCAAAACCUUCUCGUACAUCACAUGCAUUGUCGGUUGCGUCUUGAUGUUGGGAGCUUUUCAGUUUGUUUAUGCAGAAUGGUAUUUGAUGAUUGAAGAAGGCGAUAGAGACCAUUGUUACUAUAACGACUUUUGUUACAGGGUAUCAAGUAGCGAUAUCCCGUUCAAUUUAAUGAGCAGUAAUUUUGCAUAUAUAGUGCAUGCCUUUAUUUUAGCAUUGUCUGUCUGGUACAUGGAGGCAGAAGUACUAGCCCGUUGUAAAAAAAUGGAUUCCGAGGAACACAAAAGGAAAUUUUCCUUUUCAAUAGGUUACGCUUUUGCGUGGGCGUUGUUUUUCGAGGGGUUGUUUUCAACACUUUACCAUCUUUGCCCAAGUAAGAUCACAUUUCAGUUUGAUACGGCAUUUAUGUUCGUCAUGUCAGGUUUGAUUGUCGUUGUGAUGUAUAAUGGCAUUGAGACAAAAAACUGCCAAGAAGAUGGAGAGGCCAGAGAUAAUGUGGGAGCACCAAAUUUCUUCCUUGCCUUUAUAGUCCCACUUUAUAUUUUAAACUAUCUCGGUUCACUGAAUCACUCCAGCAAAGGUCUUGUCCCAACGGCGGCCUGGGCCGUACCCCUUGCUCUUUGGUGCUUUGUUAUUGUUAACUGGGUUGGCUAUAAAUUGUAUUUUAAAGACUGGAAACGGUGUUCGCUCUUGGAAGGGGACAAGUGUAAAAAAUGUAUUGGCCUUACUAUUGGUGUGAGCAUAGCAGUCCUUCUGCUAUGUUUGAUGACGAUUUUCGAUAGCCUUCCACAAGCGCUUCUUUUUACUUGUAUUGCAGAAAGCAUAUUCGUUACUACGGUGAAAGUCUGCUUGGGGCGUGAGUGUGAGUGUGUGUGUGAUUGUAAGUGUAAGUGUGAAUGUUGUUCUUUAAAACGUUUUUUCACUUGGUUCUAUGUAUUGUUAACCAUAGCGUUUUUAGUUUCCGCAUUCUGUAUUUUUAAGGCCUUUCCAACAACAGAUAAAGCAAAGACACCUGAGAAAUCUCGUAAUAAAAACGACGAAUGCAAAUGGUUCGGUUUCUUCGACUACCACGAUAUCUGGCACUUUUUGUCUUCAUUUGGUCUGCUGAUGGGAGCACACCUUCUGAUGUAUGCCAGCCAUACUGCUCCGAGUAACGAU